GAGAGUUCGGCCGCGGAGUUGGAGGAGCGCUUCAACCUCUCUCUCCCAAAGACUUCCGGGGCGGGGAGAAGGCCGGAAGCACACCGAGUGGCGCGUACUUAAUCUCCUUUCUUGGCGGAGCGCUUCACCUCUCGCCUGGUGAACUGAUAGAUGUUUGUGUGGGAUAGCUUAUCUCUGGUCGCACUCCACGGGGCUAGAAUUUGGCCUAGGGGAAAUCUGACCCCAAUGAGCAGAGGCAGUUCCUCCCGCCCCGCCCCUCCCUCCUGCAAUUAUGUAUGAUCGGGCUCCCCGCUUGCUCAGAUUGUCUGAAGGUGGCAGCACUGAGGAGCAUGUGGGUCCUGGGUCCUACCAGAUACCUUUCCUGAAGCGACAGGCAACAGGUGGCUAUGCACCAUUCCUUUCUUUGGCUGCCAGAGACAGUACUUUUAGUGUUGCUUCUAACACUGAGAAAGCUGUUCCGGGUCCAGGACACUAUAAUGUUUCAGAAGCACAGUAUAAUAUAAAAGGAGGCCAUAGUCUACAAAACCGGGAGGAGCGUUUUAAGAAGUUUGUUUCAGAUAGUCCAGGACCAGCAAGCUAUGAUCAGUUUUAUCAUGGAGCAUCAGAUAUCAUGAAUAGAAAAGCACUACAGGUUAAAGAGCAUCUUCAAUCAAAGUUUUCAAGGUCACCUACAGUUUCCAGAAGUGUUGAUGUUCCUUCGAUUCCUUCUUGUGGACGAUCAUAUGGAUAUGAUAUUAAUGAGGAUGGCAGUAUUAUAAAACAUUUUCCACCUGCUAGUGAUAGCACACUAGGUCCAGCAUACUAUAAACCUCAAUUUGAUUUUUCCAAUGCAACUUUGAAAUAUAAGGGGAUACGUUUUGGCAACUCUUUGGGAAGACUCCAGUUUCCUAUGAAGUCAGGGCCUGGUCCUGGGCAGUAUGAUAUAGUCCAGAAAAAGACACCUCAUUAUGAAAAUAUUAAUAUCAAGAAAGAUCAACAGCAAAAUCAUUGCUCAUAUCUCCCACGAUUUUAUGAAGUAAUAAUACAGCAGGAGGAAAAAAAGGGAGUACCGGGGCCUGGAAAAUAUGACAUUAAAAGUCAAUUUCAGAAGACUCAAAGUAUGAUACCAAGCGUAAAUGAUGCAUCACCUGCUUUUCUUUCUCAGUCCCAGAGAUUUGUACCUAUGAAAUCAAUCACCCCAGCUCCUGGCACAUAUAAUGAAUCUCGAACUGCUUUCAAUUCCUUGAAGAAAACACCAGGACUGAAAAAUACCCCAUUUGGUCAGAGUGCUCCUCGAUUCACACAGGACUCCAGGACAGAGGAAAUGCCAGGUCCUGGGUUUUAUAAUAUCCUAAACAAUACUAUGAUUGACAACAUUAGCAAUACUUACUUGAAGAAAAAAAAGAAAAGUGCAUUUGGUUCUUCUGUUCCUCGGACUCUCUUGCUGGUUCAGAAAGAAGCUUUUACUUCUCCUGGUCCUGCCGAUUAUCAGGUUGGUGGAGUUUCUGAUGAAUUACCUAACUUGACUAACCGAUAUGCUGCUAUUUUGUCAAGACCAGAAAAACCUACUAAACUGUCAGAUAUGGACAUUCCAGCACCUGGCAGCUAUGAUGUUCAAAAAUCAUAUGAGAUGUCCCAAGUUCAACAUAAAUACAUGCCACCUCGUAGUUUUGCGGCUAAGCUGAAACAUACCUCCUUUCUUAGCACAGCUCCUCGGUGCCUGGAGAAAAUGACUGAUGGGCCAGGACCUGCAGCAUACAAUCCUGUUUUAAGGAAAUCUUGCUCCAUACCCUUAUUUGUUAAGGCAUCAAAGCGUUUUAAAGAUUCCAAAGAGAUUACUCCUGGUCCAGCUACAUAUGAGCUCAGUCCAUUUUUAAGACAUUCUGUUCUGAAGAGGACCUUCAAUGUCACUCUACCAAAUCCUUCCCUGAUCAAGAGAGAAAACACUUUUACUACAGGACAAAAAGCCAAACAAAAACGCUCAGGAAGCAAAGUAAAAUCUUCUAAAUGUCCUGGGCUGCAUACAUCAUCAGAGGAGAAUUUUGAUCACCUGUUUCCAGGCCUUGGUAAAGCAAUUCAGGAUAAAUGUUCCAUAAGGUACCUUGAGACUGAGUUAUGCUUUCCAUUAAUGUUUAUGUGACAAGGACUUGUUAAUACAGAAAUAUUCUUAAACUCUCUGUAAUAAAUGAUUCUGGCCUUGCAGCGUCUGGUAGCAGACAACUGAGCAUUAAAUCCUGCCAGGGAGGUAAGAGAUAACAUGGUAAGAUGACUACAUCUACUGGACAAGAUCACCAGGCACAAGCAGUUAUUAUCGUAUCUGGUACAAGUCAGGGCAGCAUAGGAAACAGGAUGAUGGCAGGAAACAUAAUUGUUAGACUCUUUGUAGCUUGGACCUGCUAGAGGAUUCCUGUUGUUUCACUGAAAACCAAUUUAGUUAUCUACUGCUACAUCAUAAGUGAUCACAAACUUAGUAGCUUGAAAUAACACAUAAUUAUGCCCUGUUUCCAUGGUCAGAAAUCAGGGCAUAGCUUAGCUGGGCUUCUGCUUUAGGGUUUCUUGAGGCUGUAAUCAAGGCGUCCAAGGGUUGGGUUCUUGUCUGAAGCUUGACUAAGGAAGGAUUCACUUUCAAGCUCACAUUGUUGUUGGCAGGAUCUAGUUCCUUGCUGGCUGUUCGCUGGAGAUCUCCCCCUGUUCCUUGCCAUGUAGGCCUGUUCAUAUGGCAGUUUGUUUCAUCAAAGCCAGCAAGAGACAGAACUAAUAAUGAGAGUCUUCUACAAUCUUAUGUAACAUAAUGACAGAAGUGACAUCCAUCACCUUCGCCAGAUUCUGUUGGCUAGAAGUAAGUCACCGGUCCUGCUCACGCUCAGAGGUAAAUGACUACACAAAGGCAUGAAUACCAGGAGGCAGAAAUCACGGGGGGUGUCUUAGAGUCUGCACAUCACAAUCAGCAAGCCCAAGAAUUUCUCUCAUUUUUGAUCCCAUUACAUCUAAUAGCUUCAUACUCCUAUAAAAUUUUGAGAAAAUAUUUCUGUGAAGGAGAAUUUGUAAGGAAUUCUAAGUGAUUUAUUACAAAGUCAGUCUAGAAAUUAGAGAACAUACAUUUUGUAAUCCUUCUCCACCCCUUGCUAGCUAUAUAACAUAGGAUCAUUUCUAGCCUUCUAUGUCUCCAUUUCCUACACGUGAAAUAGAAAUAUUAUGGUUAUCCUGCCUAUCUCAUGAACAUAUUCUUAUAAUAAAAAGACAUAAGCAAAAAAAUGUUUUGAACAAAUAAGUUUCCUAUAAGCAUAAGAUGUACGUGCAGGUAGCUUAACUUUCCACAGAUUUCACAAGUCUGAGAUCCCAUAUAUAAGAAUGACUUGACGUAUUUUGAAUCAAUAGUUCACUACAAGUGAUUCCAAGUUCACUGAACCUCCUUUAAAUUACCCCUGCCCCCGAAGUGUUUUUGGGAGCUUCCAAAGAGUAUCUCUCAUAUUCUUAUAACUAUUCUCAAUCAGAAGCCAGAUGCCAUCCACAAUUUCUUACUUUUUCUCCUGCUCUAGGCUGUCUAUGUGGGAUCCUGGGAAUCUGGUGGGGCCAUUGUCUUCUCUGGGAACAUUGCCCUAGAGCAUUGGAGGUGGUAGAUCUAUGAGAUGAAGGUUUCAAUAGGGCCAAUAUAGUACAUAUUUCUCCUUCCCCUCAAGUUUAGAGCCAGUUAUAAAACAGACACAGGAGCUUGAUAAAUAUAGACUAAAGCAUCAGCUUUACUAUCGGUAGAGGUGGAUUAGAAAACACCUUGGGUUUGUGACUGUAUGUGGAUUUCCUAAUAGCCAUUGCCUGAGUUCUGAUCUUGGAAAACUCCUUUCAACAAUACACAAUGUGCAGGCUGUUGACACAGGUAAGCUGCAAGGGGAAACCAGACUCUGCUCAGACACUGAGCCCUGAUAGCAGGGACAGAGAGCAAGGCCCUGGGACAGGGGCUACUUUCUCACCAACUAAGGAAUAGGAGCCAGUAGGCACUAGAUCCUGCUUAUCGUAUCGGUCAAAUCAGUCAAUCCUUUUUCUGUGGAGAGGAGGGACUAAGGGGGAGGACAGAGAAGCUGGAGGAAGAAAUUCACAUAAACAUGAGAAAAAUGGAAUAGGCUACCUCCCCCCACCCCCAACAUUGUGGAUUGCUCUAAGGGAAAGUUGGAGACCAAUUGGUCUCUCACUGAGAAAGGUUGCUUUGAGAUAGAAGGUAUCAAGCCGUGCUAAUUUUGUCCUGGUGAAGAGUCUGAGAAAAAAAUGGGUCAGCCAGGGCACAGCUCUGCUACUCAGUGUAGUAGAAAUGAAACAUUACUGAAAUACCGUGGUGUUUACUUCCUGUGAGAUGGACUGAGCCAUGGGCUGGAAGUUGAUAAAACUAAACCAAAUGGCACAUAUACAUAUAGCAACAGCAGCAGCUCCUCACUAACAUAGUUCUAUUUCUGUCAAUUCUUUUUGCAAGGUCACGUACUUUGGUUAGUUGAAAGUCAGUGAUCACAGUUAGCUAAAAACCUGAAAAUAAUAAUACAUGGCAUGAUGCUGUUUAUGGAGAUUGUUUUUCUUCUUUUAUUAUCUAAGUUGUAAAUAGCUUACUGUGCCUCCCAAGAAGUUUUGGAAAAUCACAAGAGUGUUAAAGAACAAGUACCAAAGAGAAAUGGUUUGCAAACUAUCUUCAGAACAUCAGGUCUGAUUCAGACAAUGGAAAUGAAAUAGUAAGUGAAUCUGUUUCUUAAACAAUAUUAAGGAGAACAUCAAUUCCUUCAUUACUUCGUUAAAUAUACACUGAAUACAAAAAUGUUUUAGACCUGUUUAAGGAAGUAACACAUAAAACCAGUCCAGGGGACUCUUAUGUCCCCUCUGGUUUGCCUGUGAGUUACCAAGUUCUUAGGAAAGGCAAAUUUUUGUUUUUAUUUAUGGGACACUCCCCUUAGGCACAUAUCCACCAGGACAAUCUUCAUGACAGACUCUCUUUGCUCUUGCCCUCCAAAGAGUAUGGGUUGGUUAGUGUCCCUAAGCCCGAGUAUUUUCCAGGAAAUUUUUCAUCCUUCAUAGAAUUAGACUUCUCUAUUCUUUAAAUUCCUCAGUCAUGUCUCAGAGUACCCUCAGCUUAAGUUCAAGUCAGCACCUCUCUUACGCCCACUACUCUUCUCUACUUCCGGUCAAUAAUAUCUUGGAAGUAAGUUGAUGGAAACUGAAAUUAGGUGACAGGAAUAAAAUAUGCUCACUCAGCACUUUUUAUAUAUUUGCUGUUGAGGGAGAAGUCAAGUUCUGCCAUUUGGUGAGAUCAUUUAACCUGUUUAGGUAAACAAGUUGGGAUUACCAGAUACUAAGAAUUUGUUGUAAUUUGAUUUAUUUUCUUCUUGUGAUGCCCAGCCCCCUGUGUUUGUUAAGUAAUUGUAUAAUUACAAGUGUUUCACAAAGCUGAAGGUGGAAUCUGAUAGAACAUUUUUCUCUCAAGCAGGGUGAGCUCAGAUUUGAGAUUUAAAAUGCAUUAUAUUGCAGGUGUUGACCCAAUCCUUGCUAAUGCAGAGGAAAGUGCACCCCCAUGACAGGAAAGGGAGCUAAAAAUGUUUCCUGCUGUGCUUAUAGCUCUGUCAUCACUGUCCAUUAUUCUUUGUAGAUGGUUUUAUUGGCUGCUUUGGUCCAUAACUCUUCCGCUAAGCAGUUCUUAUCUCAAAAACAACUCAAUCAUCCACCUGUCCAUCACCCAUCAUGAGUCACUAGAUGGAAAAUUGCUGAAUAAAAUACCUCACUUUUAAUAUAGAGCCAAAGCAAGACAACAAAGACUGUGCUUUGAUCUUUAUCUAAAACUAAUCGUGUUGAUUCUAACUAGCCUCUGCAAUAGAUGUUACAGAAGCUAAGGAUAGUUAUACUAAUAGUAUAAUUCUUUAGAUGAUAGUCCUAACUUGCACCUGUUCUCCCAACGCUGAGGAACGUUAGGGCUAGAGGAAGUUCAUACAUAGAGGAAAUAAGAGGUUUGGGUUUGGGAUUUCAGAGUUUUCACUGAUUUCUUGUCUCCUAAAAUCAUACCUUCCAAACAUAUAUGGGCCAGGAUAACAUAAGGGACUGGGCCAAAGAUCAUUUUUAUAAAGUCACUCAUGCUGUGUCAUUUUGAGUGAAUAAAUAUAAAUUGGACAUUCAGAGGAGAUCGCUGAGAAAGGAAGUGGAUUACCAACAGAACAUUUUUCUUCUGAAAAACAAACAAAAUGCUUUAUUUUUAAUCUAGAGGAUAAGCUAAAUAAUUAUAUUUAAUAUGUGUUAUAUAAUCUCAUUUUGCAAAGCCCAAUUUUCUGAAAAAGCCUCAAAUGAAGACUGCAAUAAUCAGUUUUAUAACUUGUGACAACAGCCAGGAUAUCCGUGCUUGCUUACCCUCAAGUAAUUCUUAACUUUUUAGUCACUGCUCUCCUAUUUCAAUGGUAGUCAUAGAAACUUGCUGGAUAUGCUGGAUAAUGCAAUCAGAGCACAAGUCUGAUUCGUCACGGGCUCUGUGAGGUUAUUUAUUUAUUUGUUCCAAAUGGAGAUAAUAUUUUAAUUGAACUAGAUUUGUAAAUUCUGGGCCACUAUGAAUCAUAUAUGAGAAAUAUGUUCAUAUUUCUUUUGUUGCCAUUAGGAACCUGAGAACCCAUAUUUAGUAUGUGAAAAAUCCUUAUAAUGUGUGUUUCUUAGAUUCACCUUAACAUGGCUCUAUUGUGUAUGAUCUGAUGUUUGCCCUGCUUUACAGACAGGUAUAUGUAUUCACACACAAAUGCGUAUACACAUAAGUGCACACGUGUACGUUAUAUUUUUUUAUAUUUUGCAUACAAGAAGUGUGAUUUGAGUUUGAACUGGGCAAUAAUUAACAAAUUUAAUUAUUAAAUUAAAGGCUUCGAGGCAUACUGACAAUUUAACUCAGAUCACCUUUCCAUUUGGAUUAAGUCUGUGUUACUGCCAUUGUUUGAAGUCUCCUGAUAGAUGGUGCUGGUGGUUUAUUUUAGCAUGCUAAAAAUGGGUCAGAUAUUUCUUUCUUUUUUUCCCCCCCAAAUCUCAUGGGUUUUGUUUUGUUUAAUAGAUUCUUUCAAAAAGGUGGGAUCUUGCCCUUCAUUUCUAACGGAGCCUUUUGUUAAGUUCAAGCCCGGUAAUCACAAACAAUGUAGAAGGUAAUGGUGUGUGAUAGACAUAGUUUGCUCUUCUAAGGAUUUCAGCUACACUUCAAUUUUUAUAUUCAGCAAAUGAGAAUGCCUUUAAAAUCUCUCAUCUGUAUAUAAAAGUGAGUAAAAAAAAUAGAAAAGAAUAGAAGCUAUAACCACAGAAUUUAUGAGAGAAAUAGAGAGAGCAAGAUGGCAUUGGUCCUCGGACGAAAGGGAAAUACAUUUUUAAUAUUUUUACAGCAAGAAACACCCCUUCAGGUUACAUUUUGCAUCACAUGUGUUAAGCACAGAUAAUUUUAAGAAAUGUUUGAUGGUAGUGGUGUCAUAAUCAGCCUGUGAGGAGGGAGUGUAAUGACCGAACUGCACAGCCCCCUUCACCCUCCCCAUGGCCCCACACCAUCUCUAUAGCCACUGUUGGAAGGUGCCUCCCCCUGCAAGUGCCAGAAAUACAGGCAGCCUUCUCCAGGUGAGCUCUUUGUGUUUCAUACUCUCCCUGAUCUAAUAUUCCCAGGCUCACUGCAGACACCCUGGAUGCUCCUGGGUCUCCUUAGUUACUAAGCACACACAGGGCUGUACUGCCUUUGGAUUUCAAAGUCCUAAUUAAAAUUCUUUCACUAUCCGGAGUGGCUUUUUUUUUUUUUACCGCAAAUCUAGUUCUAGAAAAUAACUGAGGCAGAGAGAAUUUUGGCUAAUUUAAACUAUUUAUUAUUCUUCCCUAUGAAAAGGAGGAGAGGGACAGGAGCAAAAGCUGCUAGCUCAUGAUUCUCUGAGUUGAAACUUGGAGGCCAAAUGUAUGGAUCCUUAAACACUCCCUUGGGUGUGGCAGCCACCAGUUACUAGUGAGAGCACAGAAGGAUUACAUUUUUAUUCUUAGCCUUAGGGUGGUUGGAAGAGAGGCAGGAUCCUAUUGUCUCCACUUUUCUAUUGAGACCCUGUGCCCAUCCUUCAGUUCUCAUGAAGGGAUCUCAAAUAUGCCACUGUGGCAUAACAAUUAUUUUAAGCUGAAGGCAUUUGAGUUUCUGAAAUCCCUUAUCUGCCUAAAAGCAGAACCUCCAGAAAGAACUCAAUUGUCAUAAAUCCCCUCCCAGAGAGCAGCCAGGAAAGACUGAUUCUUAUCACCAGAGACCAAAAAAGAAGUCAGCAGCACACCAAAAAGACCUUGUUACAAAACUAUCAUCUUGCCCAUCUGUUCUCCUAAGGGCCUAUUCAUUUUAACAAGAAGUCAUUUGUUUUCUCUUAAGUGUCUUUCUCUCCACACCCCUUUCUCAGAAUUAAUCUCCCCCUCUCCCCCAACCAUAAGUGUCCUUCUUCCUAUCCCCUUAAGUCUAUGAACCCUAAAUUCUAACUACCACAAUGAAAUCACCUUUCUUGGUGAACUACCUGAUGUUCCCCUUUAUGCAUUAAAAUCAGGCUUUUCUCUUCCUAAUUUGUCUUCUGUCAGUUUAAUUCACGAGUCCCCAAGAAUUAACUAAGAGGGUAGAGGAAAAGUAUUUCCUUGAAAAUAGGGCUUUAUGCUCAUGCUUAACAAUUUUAAAAGUUCUCUCUGUCAUUGUUCUUUAGGUGGCUUCCAGACGCCAACGUAUUAUAGAAUUUCGUGUAUGUGCAUUUAAAAAGGUGAAGUUAUAACAUGUAUACUCAUGUAUACAUAAAUUAAUUCCUUAUAAUUUUCACAUAUGUCUAUAUUGUUAUUUCUGAGAUACCCUUAAAACAAAGGUAAUCAUGAGAAAAUGUGUUUAGUAAAAACUGUGGACUCUGGUUAAUGAAGAUUUUUCUCAAAUCCUUUCUUACUGUAGAAUGCAGUGAUUCAAAAGGAGAUUAAAUUUUUAAUAAUGCUCAGAAAAACUUUAAAUUCAAGUUCAUACUACCAAAGACUUAUUGGUUUGGUACUUGCCUUCUCUUUCCAUAUGUUCAUAGCUUAAUGUCCAAGAGAAAGAUAGAAAUUUGGCUCCCAUUUUUAUUGCUUUCUUAUUAUCUCUUUGUUUUAGACCCUGGGUGGCUAAUUCAUGGAUUGUGAUAAAAAAACACAACAUCCAAGCAACACCUAGCAAAGGGCAUAUGGGUAUGAAUAUAUGAGAUUCUGGACUUAAAAUGAAAUACAAACAAGAUUGACACUGCACUGUCUGAAGUAUUCUUCAUGCUGCAGUAGGAUCCUUUAUAGGAGUCUUUUUUUUUUCUUUUUAGCAAAAUGUCUAAUCAUGUGACUCUCCUAUAUAAUACUCUUUAUGAAAUUGCCGAGUCAUUUAACAUGGCAUUCAAAUCUAAUUAUCUCUCUUCCUCUACUCCUUUAUAGCCCCACCAUAGUAUCUAUCACAUUCUAUCAUGAUUUUCUGUUUAUUUUUCUGUCUUCCCCACUAAAUUAAUAUUCUGUCAAGACAAAAGCAUUUAAUGUCUCUAUCCCCAGAAACAAACACAAAUUAUAGCUGUUUGCCAGCAUCCAACUUGUAUGUUUAGCACACAGCAGGUGCUUUAUAUAUGUGCAUUGAAUGGACUCAUCCGGAAUGCCUCUUCUGAUCUUUCUGCCUGCUUAGUUCUUAUACUUCUAUUAAUAUUAACUUCAAAAAAUUAUCUUUGUAAUUGCUAGUCUGGUCUCACAGCCAGAAUUAAUCACACACUAAUCUAUGCCUCUGUGGCACUCUGGUCAUACCACCGGUAUUGCAUUUAAGCAUCAUAUUUUAAUUGUUUCUGUAUUUCCUUUUAUAUAAGAAAUAGGUCUAAUUCAUUUUUACUGCUUUGAAUCUAGCAUUGCGUGUAACAAAAAAGAAUUGCUGAAUAAAUGUCUGUGAAACGAAUAAAAGAACAUCAUCCAUGGGAAGGAUAUAUACAAGGUUUUGUUUUCCUCAUGCAGUGGGGUGGAUUUGUGACCCACAAAAUAAUAUGUUGAUGUCCUGACUCCCAGCACCUCAGAAGGUGAUUUUAUUUGGAAAUAGGGUUAUUGCAGAAGUAACUAGUUAUAAGUGAGUUCAUGCUGAGUAAGGUGGGCCCAUAAUCCAAUACAGCUGGUAUCCUCAUACAAAUAGGUGAGACAGACACAGGGAAAAUGGUCACCAAGACCAUUUCAGCAAAGACUGAAGUUUGGUGUUACAAACUGAGUAAAACCAAGGGACCAGAAACUGAAAGAUCAAAAAAAAAAAAAAAAAAAAAAAAAAAAAAAAGAUCCUCCUCUAGGAGCUCUGAAGGGAGUAUGGCACUGUCAACACCUUGGUUUUAGAUUUUAACCCCUGGAACUGUGAGAGAAUAUAUUUCUCUUGUUUUAAACCACCCAGUUUGUGAAUCUUUGUUAGGGCAGUGCUAGGAAACUAAUACACCUAGUAUAUUUAAACUGUCAUGUUCCCCCCCCCCAAAUAAGAUAUGGAAUUAUCCCUAAAGUGGAAUUGGUUUAGGCAAGAGGAUAAAAGCAAAUGUGGGAUUUGAAGAUUGUCUCUGUUCCGUAAGGCACUAAAUGGUGUUAAUGAUCCCCCAACAUGGCAUCCACCUGAAAUGUUAGCUCUUUGAAGUAAACGAAUGAACAUGAAUUUACAAGUUACUGGGUACAAGUAGACUUAUGAAAUAUAAUGCCCUUUGUUUCCAAAUAUCUCAAAGUUGGGAAAAGACUGUCUUGAGAAACAUAAAAAAGUGAUGAAACAUUUUUACUUGGAAUUUUUGGUAACUGGAGGACACAAAAUAGAAGACCAUAGAAUCAUCUAUUGCCUAUUCACUCAUUGUCCCCUGUUUCAGGGACGUAGCAGUGAACAAUACAGUGAAGAUCCCCACUCCUGGAGAUGGAAUUCUAUUGGGGGUACAACAGAAAGAAACCCAAAUAUAUGACACGAUGGAUAAUUCUUUGAAAGAAAAUGAAGUAGGUUAAGAAGAUGGACAAUAUUGGAAUAGGGCUGCUUUUAGUUAGGUUGUCAGAUGAGGUGUCUUUCAUAAGGUUGCAUUUCAAUGGA